AUGGCCGUCUUCGACUCGAAAGCUCACGCUGAGCACCCGUCACCCACGGCAAGUUUCAACGACAAUGAUUUCAACCGGAUCGAUCCUAGCGGAGUCAAGCGAGGUCUCAAAACUCGGCAUCUAUCCAUGAUGGCGCUCGCUGGAAUUAUUGGACCCGGUAUUCUUGUCGGCACCGGUGGAGCAUUAGGAGAGGGAGGUCCAGCGUCUCUGCUCAUAGCUUUCUGUGUCAUCGGAUUCAUAGCGUUCAGCAUCACGCAAUCCCUGGGAGAAAUGACAACAUUGUACCCAACAGGCGGUGCCUUCGUUACACUCUCCGAUCGGUUCGUCGACAAGGCCUUCGGAGUAGCAGUGGGGUGGCAGUACUGGCUGGUCUGGGCAUGCGUGCUAGCCAACGAGUACAAUGUCGUCUCCUCGAUUCUGGUUUUCUGGGGCCCACAAGUACCUCUCUGGGGCUAUUUUCUGAUCUUCUGGUUCGCAUUCCUAGGCUUUCAGAUGUUGGGCGUGGAAUCUUUUGGCGAGGCAGAGUUCUGGCUUGCCCUCGUCAAGCUUGCAGGUCUUUGCGCCUACUUCAUCUUUGCCAUCAUCUACGCUUCUGGUGGCCUCGUUGGGCAGAACGAAGCACUCGGGUUCCGGUAUUGGCAUGAUCCUGGUCCGUGGGUCGAUGGUUUCCGCGGAGUAGCUACGGUGUUCGUGUUCGCUUCGACUUUUUAUGCCGGUGUUGAAGCAGUCGCUGUGGCUGCUACAGAGACCAGAAACCCUUCGGUAGCCGUACCGUUGGCAAUUCGACAAGUAAUUUGGCGAAUCCUUUUCGUGUACAUUGGAGUUGCUUUCUUCUUUGGUCUCACUUGCCCAUCAAACGCGGACGGGCUAGCAAACGGAGCCAGCCGCGCACUCAAGAGCCCCAUGACUAUAGCGCUGCAAAACGCUGGGUGGGAAGGAGGUGUGCAUCUUAUCAAUGCUUUCAUCUUCAUUACAGUCCUGAGCGCUGCCAACUCCUCAAUCUACAUUGGGUCUCGUACAAUACUCUUCAUGGCACAAGAAAAGAUGGCGCCCAAGUUCUUGGGGAAGACGAAUAGCCGUGGAGUGCCGGUUUAUGCGAUUGUCUUCACGAACUUGUUCGGCGCGAUAUCCAUGAUGAACGUCAGCACUGGAGGAGGUCAAGCGUACUCCUAUAUCGUCAAUCUGUCCGGUGUCUCUACCUUCCUUGUUUGGGGCUCUAUCUCUUUCACACACAUCCGUUUCCGGAAAGCUUGGAAAGCACAAGGCCGAACUCCCGACAUGUUACCAUUCAGGUCGUUCGCCUAUCCAGCCAACGCCUACUUUGGAGUAUGCGCUAAUGUCUUCCUUGCGCUUGUGCAGGGCUGGACAACACUGAGUCCGUUCGAUGCGGGUACAUUCGUCGACGCCUACAUUAUGCUACCAGUGUUCGUAAUUAUGUUUGUGGGGUACAAAAUUCUUUUCAAGACAAGAUUCAGAAGAAGUCAAGAGGUUGACCUUGACACAGGCAUGAGAAAGGACUUGGAUAUGAGAGACGAAUACCUGCAGGGAAGUUCAGAUACUGGGCCGCAGGGGAAGCAAGGUUUUGUACAGAAACUUUGGCGGAAUUUCUAA